UUGCGCCUGCGUGAGGCCUUGGAGCUCGAAGACAGAACACCCGGAUAUGAGGUGACCCGGAGACGCCCGCGGGUAUGACAGGACACCCGAAGAAAAGUUGGGGGAGUUUGGGCCUUUGAUGGUAUCGGUGCGUAGAGCGUUUCUUGAAGACCUGGGACCCCUUACUGAAGGCCUGAGGCGCCGGGACGCGGACAAAGCCCGGGACGUCUCCCCCUGUGCCGCCAUGGAUGAGCAGGAAGCUCUCAAGUCCAUUAUGAAGGACCUGGUCGCCCUUCAGAUGGGAAGGCGACAUCGAACUACCGGAAUCGAGGGGGUGAAAACGAAGACAAGCAGCCUCCCCAAUAAACAGAAUGAUGUGAGGAUAAAGUUUGAAUACAAUGGCGAGAGGCGGAUCCUGCAGUUCCCUCGGCCUGUAAAGAUUGAGGAUGUGGAGCAGAAAGUGAAGGUAGCCUUCGGACAGCAGAUGGACCUGCAUUACAUGAACAAUGAGCUGUCUAUACCACUCCGAAGUCAGGAUGAUCUUGACAAGGCCGUUGAUCUUUUAGAUCGAAGUUCAAGUAUGAAAAGUCUGCGGAUUCUGCUCCUCUCCCAUGAUAGGAACCAUACCUCCUCACCCCACUCUGGGGUCCAAAAGCAAGUGCGGAUUAAGGCCUCCCAGUCUUUGGGUGAUGUUACUACAGCAUAUCAUUCUGCAGAGACCCGGAGCCGACAUCUGUCUGUCAGUUCACAGAAUGCCGGACGCAGCUCCCCACCGCCUGGCUAUGUCCCCGAGAGGCAGCAGCGGAUUGCCCGACAGGGUUCCUAUACCAGCAUCAACAGCGAGGGCGAGUUCAUCCCGGAAACCAAUGAUCAGUGUAUGCUGGACCCACUGAGCAGUACAGAGAAUUCGAUAUCUGGUAGUUGUCAAUCUCUGGACCAAUCCGAGGACAGCCCUUCAUUCAGGAAAUCCCGAAUGUCAAGAGCUCAGAGUAAUCCCGACAACAGACAGGAUUUCUCAGAUCGGGAGAAUCAGUUCUGUGACAAAGCAGGGAAAGGUGGGACAUACCCUCGAAGAUAUCACGUAUCUAUUCACCAUAAAGACUAUAGUGAUGGACGAAGAACAUUCCCACGGAUCAGGCGCCCUCAAGGAAAUCUUUUCACCCUUGUGCCAUCUAGUCGUUCUUUAAGCACCAAUGGAGAAAACCUGGGCCUGUCUGCGCAGUAUGUGGAAGCCCGCAACCGACUGCGCAGCGCAGACAGCGAGAACACACUGGGUGUACCGGAAAGAAAUGUACCCAUUAAAUCUCCCAGUGCUCCCAUAAACUGGCGCCGGGGAAAACUACUGGGGCAGGGAGCCUUUGGUCGUGUUUAUCUGUGUUAUGAUGUGGACAUAGGACGGGAGCUGGCAGCUAAGCAGGUUCAGUUUGAUCCAGACAGUCCAGAAACAAGCAAGGAGGUCAGUGCCCUGGAGUGUGAGAUACAGCUGCUGAAGAAUUUGCAUCAUGAAAGGAUAGUACAGUAUUAUGGUUGUUUGCGGGACAAAGGCGAGAAGACGCUGACUAUAUUCAUGGAGUAUAUGCCAGGGGGAUCAGUGAAAGAUCAGCUUAAAGCUUACGGGGCACUAACGGAAAACGUUACUCGUAGAUACACCCGGCAAAUCCUGGAAGGAGUUUCUUACCUGCACAGCAACAUGAUUGUACACAGGGACAUAAAGGGGGCCAACAUCCUACGGGAUUCUGCAGGGAAUGUUAAGCUAGGAGACUUUGGGGCCAGUAAGCGUCUCCAGACGAUUUGCAUGUCAGGGACAGGUAUCCGUUCUGUGACGGGAACACCAUACUGGAUGAGCCCAGAGGUGAUCAGCGGUGAGGGAUACGGGAGGAAAGCUGAUGUCUGGAGCCUGGGCUGUACCGUGGUGGAAAUGCUAACAGAGAAGCCUCCCUGGGCAGAGUAUGAAGCCAUGGCAGCCAUUUUUAAAAUCGCCACCCAGCCAACUAUUCCUCACCUUCCCCCAAACACAUCAGAGCAAUGCCGGGACUUUGUAAAGCAGAUACUGGUGGAAGCGAGGCAGAGACCGUCUGCUGAGGAGCUUCUCCGGCAUCCCUUUGCCCAACUCACCUAUUAAGUCUUCAUCAAAGUGUCGUCCUUCACUUGACCAUGGAUAUUCUCCAGAGAUGAAUGUUGACUUUUGAGGGAAGACUCUGGAACAUUUAAUGAGACGCGAUGACAAUCUUCCCUUCAACCUACCCCUACCCCAACUACCUAUCGCUGACUAAGUCUAGAACAGGUUCUAGAUUCAGCACAGGUUUGGGUGUGUGUCAGUGUUAGAGCAGCAGAACAAUGGAUUAUUUUUUUAUCUUGAAGUGACUUUGAUUCCUAGAAAAGAGUUCUUAUGCUCCAAGCCAGAGACACCGUAUGAAGGAAUGGUGCGUGAUGACUUCCAUUAAAAAUAUGCACCAUCCUCCCAUCAUGAAGGAGUUCUUCCACGUCUUAGACAAGUGCCUUAACGCCUCUUCAGCCAGGGAGCAUGAUAACCUUGGCCCAGUGGCAUCUUCCUUUUGAAAGUCCCAGCAUUUCAGUAAUGGUGAGAUAACCUCAUGAUAGCAGUAUGUGACUCCACAUAACUGGUUGUAGUAAAUGUCCCAUUUUGCAUAACAUUACGUUUUUAUGUCCAAAAUUCUGUACUGAUUAAUUUUAUAAUCUAUUUUUAUAGGAGGUUGAAGCUCCGAAUCUGUUGCUAUCAUCCUCACUUUUAUACUGUAUGCAGUAAUCUCCCCCUAGUGGUGGAUGCAGGCAGACAUAAUUUUAUCAUUUAAAGUGGUUGUCCACUUUCUGCUUACAUUUACCCUAGCACACCCUUAGAAGACCACCCUUCCCACUAUACAUGGGUGCUGCAUUUGACAUUUCAGAAGUUUAAGCGGACAACCCCUUUAACUAUGUCUGUCCGGGGAAUAUGGAGCUCUAUAUCAGAUAUACAGGGCUCCAACACUAUGAAGACAUAUAUUACAUGAAUCAGCACAGAAGUUUGGAUCUACUUAAAAACAAAAUGGCGCUCAAGGAUGGACAUUUACUUUAAACUUCCUGACCAACCUGAAGUCCUUAGGAUUCUUGCUAGCAGCGUGCCUUAGUGACGGGUAUGUGAUAUGGUUACACACUUUACAUUCCCCCAGCAAUCAGGUGGUGUUCACACACUGCAUUUGCAUUGAAUUUUCUGUACCCCCUUUUUUGGGGGGGGAAAGGCAUGGAGCCAAUCCCAAAAAGGAAAGCUGUGGUCUCUAUUCCUAGCAAUUGCAUUGUGUUUAUGUGGCUGAUUUAAAGGAGUAUUACAGUUUUUGGUAAGGGAUCGUUCCCUUUUUGUUAGGAAUCUUGAUGCUUUGACCCCCAAAGAGAAACUGUCAUUUGAGGGAAUCUAGCAGCUGGUGCAGCGCCACCACAGGAGAAGUGAAGCAUUACACAUUGUCCAUGUAAGGCUUGGAUCCGCUUGGUCUGUGACCUGACGGUCCUCGGUGGGGUCUAUGAAUACCCUAGCAGGAAAUGGUUGUCUAAAACAAAACAACCUUUUUAAUGACUAUCGUGAAAAGUUCUUACAUAUUUAGUUUCAAUACCUCUGCUUUUGUCGAUGAAUGGAACCAUCCUUGUUUAUUGAGUUUCAGCAUCUGCCUGUGGAGACCUAACACUUCUCAUGGCUGAGGGUCAGGGGCGGUCGCAGACAGCACAGGGACCCUGUGCAAUAACAGUAUAUGGACCCCUUGCUGUCUAAUAGCUUACCAUAGGUCACCCUCUGAUCUCUCUGACCACCAGCAAUUGUGACUUAUGACAUGCCUUUGCUAAAACCCACCCUGCAAAGUAACAGAUAGCAGGAAGGUACUGUAUGUUUUUAUUGUGGUAGUGGGCCCCUUCCUACAAGGUGCACCUGCACAGGUUUCACCAAUGGCAUGCCCAACUCUUGCUGAGGGUUCUGUGCAGUGGUAUCUAAUGUAUACAGUUAUCUAUGAGCUGAACAGCCUGCACUGAUACACUGCAGCAGACAAGACAGAAGUGAGGUGUGUGGUGACAGGGGGCUGUCUAUGUAUUAGGUCUGGACAGUGUUUCCCCUUGUGAACGUAAAGAAGAAUAUUCCCAUUCUCCGACAGCAUGCAAAGAUCUUGAAAUUUGGACGGAAACAAAAUGCAAGGGGGCAGAUUUACUAAUCCUCUUUAAAGUAGGCAGUGAAAACUUUAGCACAGCAGUUAAAGGGGUUAUCCUGGAAAAGAUGAUGACUUUGCCUCACGGGGGUCCAGGUUCUGGCAUCCCCCGCCGAUCAGCUGUUUCAGGGAGACCAAAGCUCUGGUGAGUGAUGCAGGCUCCCAGCAGCUUUACAAGGACAGCGCCGUACAUCGUAUAGUGGCAGUGCUUGGUAUUGCACCUCAGACCCAUUGACUUGAAUGGGGCUGAGCUGCAGCUAGGCCAUGUGACCGAUGUACAGUGACGACACUGACCUAGGAGAAUGCAAGGCCUCUUCUUCAUAAAUCUGUCUAAGGCUACUUUCACACUUGCGCUUGAUCGGAUCUGUUCUGAACGGAUCCGAUCAUAUUAAUGCAGAC